CGGCAGCGUUCCGGCUCCCGCGGCUCUCAGGCGGGCUGUGCUGCUGCCGGGUGGUCCCGGCCCUCCGCCCCGCUCCCGCCCCAGCCGCGGCCCGCCGAGGCCGCGGCCAACCGAGCCGCCAGCGACGCCCUCACAGCCGCGGGGGCCCGGGCGGGGGGCCAUGCCGUGCCGGAGGGAGGAGGAGGAAGCCGGCGACGAGGCGGAGGGGGAGGAGGACGACGACAGCUUCCUCCUGCUGCAGCAGUCGGUGACUCUGGGCGGCUCGACCGACGUGGACCGGCUCAUCGCCCAGAUCGGCGAGACGCUGCAGCUGGACGCGGAGCGCGACGGCCCGGCCUCGCCGUGUGCCGCCCCGGGCCCCCCGCCCGUGCCCCCGCGUGUCGUGGCGGAGCUGCCGGUGGACAAGGCCGGGACCCCGGCGAGGCGGCUGCUGCGUCCGGCCGGGUCAGCGGAGGCCGGGAACCCUGCGCCCCCGGGGGCGGUGCGCUGCGUGCUGGGGGAGCGCGGGCGCGUGCGGGGCCGGGCGGCGCCCUACUGCGUGGCGGAGAUCGCCCCGGGCGCCAGCGCGCUUCCCCAGCAGCCGGGCCUUGAGGGUCCCCCGGGAACCGGCAAACUAAACACCCCGCAGCCGCUGUCGGGCCCGUGCCGGCGGGGAUGGCUCCGGAACGCAGCCGCGUCCCGCCGCCUGCAACAGCGACGCGGAUCUCAGCCGGAGACCCGCACUGGCGAGGACGACCCGCACCGGCUCCUGCAGCAGCUGGUGCUCUCGGGAAACCUCAUCAAGGAGGCGGUGCGCCGACUUCAUUCGCGACGGCUGCAGAUCCACGCAAAGCUUCCCGCACACCCGUUCCUCGGGCCUCUGUCCGCCCCGGUGCAUGAGCCGCCUUCGCCCGAGAGCCCUCGCGCGGCCUGCAGCGACCCUGGCGCUUGCAUGAGGAGGGCGCAGCUCAGAACUGAGGACGACCUUCUAGUCCCUGGCAGCUAACAACCUAGGUGACCACAGCACCAGCCUGUAGCCGGGGGACCAAGGGCUUCACCCAGCGGGAGCUGGUAGAGGACUCGAGCAUUUGGAAACGAGAAAAUAAGCUAAGGAAGACAGCCGAAAUAUCGCGGAUAUUUUCAUGGGUAACUGAAGUUGAGAGCCCCAAACUGUUUGAGAAACCCAGGACUUAGGUUUGUUUAAAGCAGAUUCUAUAGAGCGCACCGCAGGCUGUCAGCCGGACUCUUUUGGCGUGAUCCAACCUGGUCGGUGCAAUUCCGCGCAGACUCUCCUGGCCGAUCGGGGACCACGUGGCCACGGUGCAUGCUCUCCGGAUCCUCUCAGCCGGCUAUGGAACGAAGAACGACGAUUACCCACCUCCCGUUACUUGCUGUACUUUUCAGGGCUGGUUCCUGAUCCACUUUGGGGGAAGGAAAAACAAGAGUGGACUUAAUUUCGGGGACCGCCCCCCAAAAGCCCCACUGGAACAUUUAACGACAGCUAAAAGACCAUCUCAUCUUUUGCGGUGCUGGUUUCAAUGUAAAACAUGCGGUACCACGUCCCCUUUUUUUCAACGCGUUGCUAUUAGCAGUGUGUGGAGAGAAAGCUGUACGCCACGAGUGUAGGUUGGGAGGUAGCCGUGAGCUGUGUUGGGUGAUGGAAGGGUAUGGCGAAGCACUGAGUGACCCCCCCUCCUGCCUUCGUAAAGUGUGUUUUUAAAGGAGAGCCAACCCUUUUGGGGUUCAAGGUCACUGUUUCCUGGGUGUGUACCGGUAGUGGGGCUCCCGCUCAGAAGCUAACCGAAUCGCCUUGCUUAAGGAGAGAGCGCACUGUUUUGCAAAUGCAGGAGUCCUCUAAGGACGCUCCCUCCACCUCCCUGAAGGGGUGGGGGUGGCGGGUGCUGAGUGUCUGUGCUUCCCGCUGGAGGCCACCGCCCCUGCCCCUCCUCCCGGCUGGCUUGCAGACAAACUGCCUUGAGACCAGUGACCGAGCACCACCUUUUCCCCUUGGUUCUGCUGCCCUACUCAAGCUGGGCGGCGUUGAUGCUAGGAGCCAGGGUAUAGGGGACUGGAGAGGUUCCACAUAAUGGGCACUCCAGGGACACAGCUUGGGACACACACAGCCACUUCUAGUGGGCUCUCGGGGCCAUUUGUAAUAACAGCUACAGUUCCCUGGAUAGACAGCGUUGAUUUCCUCCUCUGACCCUCCCCCAGCUGUGCCCGCUCGCCUUUGUAAGUGAAGGAAACCUAGUAGAAAAUGUGACCCUCCAAAUGGGAAGGCUGCAGGCUUUUUUUUUCUUCUGCUUUUGUGACUGUGAAGAGCUUGGAAUAUACUGCUCACUCUGAGCGACGGUUUCAUUUUAGUUUUAUGGAGUCAAUGGCUUGUUCAGCAUCCAGAUGUGGCUAUUGACAUAUCUACACUUCGCACCGGAGUGACUGGAAUUGUGGCUGUCCUGAUUAUAGGAUUUUAACUUAACUGAAAUAACUGUUUUUGAAUAAAUGUGUUGGGUUUUUCCCACCCCCUC